UAGGUGUAAUCCAGGGCAAGAAACAGUUUGCGGUCAUAUUCAUCAGAAAAGACACCUCCUACCUCUCUUGGGGAUGUCUGCUGUUCUGUAGUGGCAUUAAUUUAGAGUAACUUUAAAGCAGAUUAGAAGAGGUCUCGCAGCCUGAGCCCCACUUCUCUCUCACAGGAUGAGAAGAGUUCAGGUAUUGUUUGGCUGCAUGGAUUGUAGAGCUUUCUGUAUUUGGAAAGAGAUUAUGCAAAUAAUUAUUUAUUCUAAUUUGCAGAAUUCAUACUAAGCUAUUCCUGUUGUUUGUUGAAAUGUCAGAACUAACACAUAGUGAAUCGGUACCUUAACAAUAAUCUUCAAAAGCAACUAGUAUGGGCCCAAGCCACGCACUCAAAACAGUGUACACUGGAAUAAAAAGCAUCUUAGAAUAUAUUCCUGCUCUUUAUAAAAAUAGGGAUGGAUAAGAGAAAGAGGAGAGAAUUUAGGAUGGGAAAAGGUCAUUUAUUAAAGAUAAGAAAAUGUAAACUAAUAAAAGGAUUUUCUUUCUAAAUAUUAAAGAUUCUGAAGCCAUUAUAAAUGACCCCCCCCAAAGAGAUGGGGAGAUAUAUAUAUGUGUAUAUAUAUUUAUAUAUUGACAACCAGAAGGUCCAGAGGAGUAUUAGUAAAAUAAGAUUUGACAGGGAUGUAAAUUUCCAUCCUACAGAGCACAGGAGAUGGCAAUUUAAGAAUAAAGUUUUUGAGGGGGUAUUUUAUCUUGUUUCUUGCACUUUUGCCUGGUAAGUUAUUGUCAAAGGAAAAAAGAUCCUGAAUGGACCUCUAGUCCGGUAUGAUAAUUCUCAUAGGGUUUAUUUUGCCAAAGUGUCAUAGCAAGAGCUCGGUCACUUUUCCAGGUAAACUGGCAAUAUCAAAUGCAUAUGAAGUAGGUGGUGUUUGUGCAGGUACGUAUCAAUACAUGAUUUACAAAGUUGAUCCAAGACCUUGCUCAGUCCCGUUCCUAUAUGUGGUAUGUGAGCCAAAUCUGCUACAUUAACUUAGAAAUUUGGUUGUGACAUUUACUGUAAGUCUUCCCCAAGUGAAAUACAUAAUUUUUGCAUUGGAGAUACAGCUCUUAAGAAAACAGACUUUUCUUACUUACUAGAGCUAUUAUCUGUAACUCAAGAACAAAAUAAAGGUAACCAUAAUUAUGGCCUGUGUUAUAUAUACAGUAUGUUCUUUCUGUCAGGAAUAACUAAUAAGCUGCUUCUGCAUAGUACUUUCUCACUGAUUAAACUAAAACAACACCUUGACAGCCUAAGCAGAAGACAGCAUUGAACAGAUCUGAGACUCCUCAUUCUCUGUGAAUGAACUCUCCAAGACUGAAGGAUACAUUCUGGAUGACUACAGCUACAUUCUGGACUGGUGUGAGUGAUGAAAACCAGAACAGCAUGUGCUGCUUCAUGCCUUUGGUAAGCGUCCCUCCCUUUUUAUUUGAAGCCGUUCUAUAUGCUCCUAUUGAUGACACAAAUAGCACAGCAAAGAUUGGAAAUGGAAUCAUUUUCUUUACUUUGUAUAAAAAGGAAAUGGCCAUGUGGGAUUCACUAAUGAUUGAAAAUGCUAACAAGGAGAAACUGCAAUGUCUAAGAGAGAAUGCUGUUCUAAAAGCCCAUGAAAAGGCAAAAGAGGAGGCAGAAGCAAAAAAAGUUACAAAACAGGAACAUAAAAAAUAUGCUUUGGAGGCCACGAUGAAGCUAGAAGAAGCAGAAAGAAAAAGAAUUGAAGAUCUGAAAGAACAGGAGCGGCAAAAGGUCACUAGGGAAUUGGAAUUAUGGAAAAAACAGCAAACAGAUAUUGAGAGACAAAAGAGAUUACAAAGAGAAGAGGAACUACAUCAAGAAGUAGAACAAUUAAAGGAGAGGAAAAAUGAAAAAGUAAACAAAUUUAGGAUUCCUAAUGAAGGAACUUCUAAGACCAGAGUCAAACCUACUAAAGGUCCUGGUUCCGAUAAUAUGUUUUCAGAGAAUUUAAAGGAAGAACAGUUACCAGCGCCUCGAUCCACUGGUACAAUUAAAAUCAACUUUACAUCACGGGUUUUUCCUACAGCUCUACGUGAAUCUCGGGUAGCAGAAGAAGAAGUGUGGCUACGUAAGCAAGCAGAAGCUCGAAGAACAAUAAAUGCUGAUUUAUCUGAGCUGGAAGAUUUAAAAGAAGAGGAAAAGAAUCCAGAUUGGUUAAAGGACAAAGGAAACAAAAUGUUUGCAACAGGAAACUAUCUUGCAGCUGUAAAUGCAUAUAACCUUGCAGUCCGGCUAAACAAUAAGCUUCCAGUAUUGUAUCUGAAUCGUGCUGCUUGCCACCUUAAACUGAGAAAUUUACACAAAGCCAUUGAAGAUUCCUCUAAGGCACUAGAGUUAUUGACGCCACCUGUUCCUGACAAUGAGAACGCUCGAGUGAAAGCAUAUGUGAGACGUGGAACAGCAUUUUGUCAGCUGGAAUUAUAUGCUGAAGGUCUCCAGGAUUAUGAAGCAGCUCUCAAGAUUGAUCCUAAAAAUAAAAUCAUAGAAAAAGAUGCUGAGAAGAUUCGACACAUAAUUCAAGGAACAUUGCAAGACUCAUAAAAAGGUUUAAAAAAAAAAAAAAAAAAGUAAGAGAUUUUGAGGAGAAGGAAUUUUGGUUCACACUCUGCCCGGUAUGUUGUUAACUAGAGAUUUUGCUGUUACACUCACAACAGCUACAAAACUGGCAAAAGAUUAGAUAUAUGUGUUACAGUUUUUGGAAAGUAUAGUAGUGUAAGAGAGAUUCGAAUACAUCUUAUAUAGCAUUUUGAUUCGAACUUGUCAUGUAUUUACUUUCUAGGAAAGAUUGGGUCAUCUGAAUAAUAAAGCAUACUUUUUGGACUUAAUUUAAAAUUACUCAUAAUUAAACAAAAUAUUUGUCUGGAAACGUCUACUGAAUGUAAACAAUAGAUUUUCAAACAACUUCAGUAGCUACAUAUGGUCAACACUGUUAACAUCUUUCUUUCUCCACCAAAGCUGAAAUGGUUGUGUGGUCAUGGAUACUAGUGGAAAUAUCAGUUGUGAAAUAUGAAAUUUCUAAGCUUAUUUCAUGUAGUACUGACAUUUUAUAUGGAUUUGCAAUAGGAUAUAUUCCAAAAUAUAUCUGCUUAAAAGCCUCUCAGAUUUGGAUGUUGCAAAAUUUGGUAUUAUAUAAACAGUCUAAAUUUUUAUGCCUAUUGAGCACUCAUAAUUCCUACAGAAGAUUGAAAGCCCUUUUCUCUCUCUUUUAAAUUUUAUUUUAUUUAUUUAUUUUCUUAUAUAUAUAUAUGCUUUCCUCUUCUUUUAAUGUUUGUACUGUUUGGCACAUCUGAAACCAAAACAUUGUAUUGAGAUGUUCUAAUUCAGACACCCAAUUUGGAAAAUCUAAGCCUAAGAGGUUAGAAAUAGAUGUUAUGCAGUGCAGAACAUUCUCUUUAGCAGUAAGUAAUGUACAUUAAAUAUUUACAGUCUAUCUUGAAAGAUUUUAUUGGGCUGACCAAACAAGUUUUGGAAAAACUGCAAAUCUGUAGUGUUCUAUUGCAGUGUAAUGGUAAGUUAAUACUGAGGUAAUUGUCCUAUCAAUGAAUAUGAUACGACUUACUUUUUUCCAUCCUAGUACAAUUAGUAAUCUUACCAUGUAGCUAUUCUAAAUCUAAAACAUUGGUAACUAUAUAAGAAUAUAUGUAUUUCCCGAGCUAGUCUUUUAAUCUGUACUCUGUUGACAUUGACUGGUAUCUUAGGAAAGCUGAUGCAAUUAAAGGUUUUGAAAAAGGAGCACCCUGGUCAGGUUACAAGUGUUGUAAAACAACAUGAAGCGUGAGAGCACAUUUUGAAGUUGUGCACCUGUUAUUUUGGCUAGUGAAAGAAUGUAAGAUAGAAUGGUAUUGUUUAUACAUAUGUUACUAUUUUUAUUUAUUUAUGACAACUUAAAACACUGGGCUUGAAGCAGUUCUGUUACAUUACAGGUUUCAUCCAAAUCGUGAGUAUUUCAAAUAUGUUCAAUAGCAGUUUUUGUGGACUUCUGAAUUUUCCACUUCAGCUUGUUUCCUGAAUACCAUUUAUGACUCUCAGGUUUCUGUUUAGAAAAAAAAAUAUUAAUUAUGCAGACUUAUGUUACCGUCUGCAAUUUUUAUACUUUUGGUACAGUUUUCUGCAGAUACCUACUGCAUUGCAAUGGAAGGAGGUGAGAAUACAUCAUUUGUGACAGCUGGAAGGGGAGCAAUGCAGGAGCUUUUUAGUGCCUCAGUUGAGUGUAAUGUUAUACUUACCAAAUAUGGCUAUGUUCUUACAUACAACUACUGAGGGGAAGUGGAGAUAAGAGAAUGCAAAGAAGCAGAAGCUGCUUAUAGGUUCCUGAUUCUCUGUUUUGGUUCCAGAGCCUGUUAGAACAAUCUGUAUAUAUCUGUAUUGGCUAUUUAUAGUGUAGCAAUUGGUUAUGGCCCCUAAAGACUAUUUUGGAUGUAGACAGGCACCAUUUUCUACAGCCACUUUCUUUCCUUGGCCUAUGCUUUAGGAAGAAAAGCAAACUGGAAUUGGUUAGAAUGACUCCACACUUCAUGGGCACCCUCUUCUUCAAGGAGAACUUUUAGCUGGGGGUUGUGUGAAUGAUUCCUGUUUGCCUUACACCACCAUUCAGUGUAAAGUGAGUGGAACAGGAGGGAAAAUCUGCCCGACAGUAUUAUAAUACUUUUAAAGCUUUAAUACAGUGCUGGAUAUAAUGGAGUUUGAUAGUUAAUUUUCAGCUGUUAAUUUGGAAUUGGCAGCUAUGAAAUAGGAAGUGUCCUCUUUUAAGGAUAGAGAAGCAAAUGUGUUUGCUGGGAUGAGUAAUGCCUACCUAUCCCAUCUGAUUGUAUUGGGAGCAAAUGGUUAUUAAGCUUCUGACUUCAGUUGAUGGUGUGUAUAGCAACAUCAUGCAUAUGACUCUGAUAUGAUAUUUGUGUCUUGCUAUAUAGAAACAUGGAGACUGGCAUAGUUUUUUAAACCAGAAAAUACUUUAAUUAAACAAGUAAGCCUUCAAGUCAAUUUAUCUGGCACUUAACACUUCCUAUAAAUUAGUUAUACAUUUAUCAUUCCAGUUUCAGGAGUUUUAUUUUUAUGGAUUUAGGUCUGAUUCAGACAAGUGUAUUAUCAAACAGACUACAUCCUGCUUGAUACAUUGUACUUGGCCCAACAAAACCAAACUAAAUCAUGUAUUGACAGGUUAGUCCCAGAAUGACCGAAAUAACAAGUUCAAAUUUGUUUUCCUAAGGUUAAGUGCCUAGUCUUUAAAUAAACACAGGAAAACAACAGAUGCAUUUUUACAGAGUGUGCUGCAAAUUUGGGUAGUCAUAUACCCUACUUCUGUCAAGAGCAGUGUUUAAAUAGCUAUUUCUAAAUGACCCACAGGUGAGUAAGUGUGUUGAAAAUGUCCGAUCCUUUGGAUGGUAAGUACAAGGUACCAUCUGUGAGGUAGGUGGUAUAGCACCAUACUCACUUGAAGUUGUUUUAAACAAUAAAAUCUGAGGCUUUGUCAAAAAACUAUUGGUUGUGAGUGUUUUGGGGUCCAACAUACAGGAAAACACAGGAUUUCGAGGAUUUUUGCAGACAGGCAGAUGAGGAGGUUGUUUUAUCUCUGUGUUGGAACUUGAUGGUGGUUUCUCAGCAGAAGUCAUCUUCUUUUCCUAGUGAAGAGAUGGAUUCAGUCAGGCUUUCAAAUGAUGGUAAAACACUUCAAAUUUGCUAAAUGUUUGUGGUCGGACAAACUGUUGCUCAAGAUGUAUAUUGAAAUACCUGCAGAGUGGAGAGUCAGGAACUGUAACACUGCUAACUUUUGCCCUUAUUUAGUAAGCAGUGGACAGUGAUAAAUGGACUAAUGAUGACUCUGAAAUAUGGUAACAAAAGUGGAUUUGCAUUUUCUGCUUUAGUGAUAAUCUUGAGUGUAAAAAUGUAAUAAUUUUGGUAUAAAUAAUUAGUAAGCAUAAUAAAAAUAUGGCUAAGAAAAA